UGGAUAGGGGCGAAUUUAGAUCUAGAGUACAUGGUAGCUGAUGAUGAUGCUGCCGAUUAUUUAAAUAUCACUUCUACUAUCGAUUCGAUACUGAAAACCUAUGAUAUUCGGUUACGGCCCAAUUUCGGAGACUCGCCCGUCACAGUGGAAAUGGACAUGGAUAUCUCCAGCAUGAAUAGUAUAUCGGAAGUCAACAUGGAUUACACCCUCACGAUGUAUUUCAGACAGUACUGGAAAGACGAGCGGCUAGCGUAUGAUCCAAGAUUUGGUAAUAUUUCAUUUGAUGGUCGAAUGGCCAAUAGAAUAUGGGUUCCAGACACCUAUUUUGUCAACGACAAGCACGCGUUCAUCCACGACGUGACAGUCGCCAACCGAAUGAUUCGUUUCCACUACGACGGCAGCGUUCUCUACGGGCUAAGAAUAACGACGGUGUUAUCGUGCAUGAUGGAUCUCCACGAUUACCCCCUUGACGUCCAGAACUGUACCCUGGAAAUCGAAAGUUAUGGUUAUACAACCGAGGAUGUGACUUAUGCGUGGCAAUAUGGCAAUCGUUCCGUCCAAGGUUUGGAAGACGUACAACUGCCACAGUUUGUUUUAGAAGAAUACAGAUUGGUGAAAAGACAAGCAGCAUUUUCAACCGGUUCUUAUCCAAGGCUAUCGUUAGAAUUCCGUCUUAGAAGGAGCGUGGGUUUCUUCAUCCUGCAAACCUAUCUACCUUGUAUAUUGAUUGUUAUGUUAUCAUGGGUCUCCUUCUGGAUUAAUCAUGAAGCUACAUCAGCCAGAGUUGCGCUCGUGGCGGCGAAUAAACAGGUCGAGACUGCUCGCACCACUAUCGGAAUUACAACUGUAUUAACAAUGACAACAAUAAGUACAAGUGUCCGCGCCUCGUUGCCUCGAAUCUCUUACAUUAAAGCUAUUGAUAUCUACCUUGUGACGAGCUUUGCGUUCGUCUUCGCUGCUUUGUUGGAAUACGCCAUCGUCAAUUACAAUUUUUGGCAGUCACAGAAGAAAAUAACGAAAGAAAACAACAGGGCACCACCACCACCAGCUACUUGCCAGCACAGGAUUCCAAAUUCCAUUUAUGAACAGAGUAAUCGAACAGUGGCACUGCGGCUGUCCCAGCUAGAAGAUGAGCGGUCAGCCUCACCGGAGCAUACAGUGGAGGAAGGCAUUCCUGAAUGUACGAACAUGCGAACAUAUAAUAGCAGCAAUAGGAACGCGGUAAAACAUCGGAAGCGACUCAGUCUUGACUCAAGGCGAUGUUCAGCGCCAGAACUGAGGCAUAGAAAAGGAUUUGUGUACUCUGUGCGCAGAAAAGCCUCCAGUAUUAAAGUGAAAAUACCGCGUGUUCAUGAUGUCAAUAUAAUAGACAAAUAUUCAAGACUGAUCUUUCCAUUAACCUUCACAAUUUUCAACCUUUUUUAUUGGUGUUUAUACCUGAUAUAA